CCACCAUGGCCACCUCCAGUGCUACCACCGAGUGCCCUAGAGCGUUUACUGGCGAUCGGAGGCUGGUCUAUCGCCGUUCGUUGUGCAACGCUGGCUCCGGUGUGCAAUCAGAGGCCCACACGCGGGAACGUUGCGCUAUGUCGUCCACGUGACUCGCCCGCGAUGGGUCCCUGUUAUCGCCGGCAGCGUCAUCGUUACCCAUGGCGCAUUCUGUUAAGAGCGGGAGAGGCCGCUGCUCGACGUGAGCGAUGUUGAGCUUGUCUCAACCGCAUCCGACUUUGUGUCUUCCCUUUCUGUGCGUCCAUCGCCUUUAUCUUGAUCUUUCCUUCACCAUCUCUACUAUCAUCUCAGCUUCCCUGUCCAUCUGGUGUGCUCUUGCAUUACCAUCAGCUGCGCGAUGCCGUCUGUCGUGCGCCCUGUGGGUACCGCUGCCGUUACUCGGCGCUCGGGCGUCGUCAAGUUCACCAACUGCCGGCUAGUCAAGGGCACCGACCUUGUCCACGAAGACCUAUGGGUCAGCUCGGUGACUGGGAAGAUAUUGAACGGUCAAGAGUUGCUGUAUGGGCAUCGUACUGCUCCGGACGAUAUCAUCGACCUCGGUGGCCGCAUUCUGUCGCCAGGUCUCAUUGAUGUGCAACUCAAUGGAGCGUACGGAUUCGACUUCUCGGUGAUUCCAGAGGACGGAUCGAUAGCGUACGGUAAGGGAGUGCAGCAGGUCAACCGAAACCUCGUCAAAGGAGGUGUAACAUCCUACCUUCCAACGCUGACCUCUCAACGACCCGAGGUAUAUCACAAGGCCCUGCCAUAUCUUGGCCCAUCGGGCUCAACUAGAGACCCAGCCCUUGGCUCUGAAUCACUUGGUGCCCACUGCGAAGGUCCCUUCAUGUCGCCCACCAAGAAUGGCAUCCACAACGUAUCCGUCCUGCAAGUUCCCCGCGACGGCAUCGCCUCCGUGGCAGGCUGUUACGGCCCCUCCAAUCUCACGCAGCCAUCCCCAAUCAAGCUCGUCACCCUCGCACCUGAGCUCCCCGGCGCCCUCUCCGCCAUCCAGUCUCUCGCCUCCCUAGGCAUCAUCGCCUCAAUCGGGCACUCAGAAGCGACCUACGAAGAAGCCAAGCUUGGCAUCAAAGCCGGCGCAUCCUCGAUCACGCAUCUGUUCAACGCAAUGAAGCCCUUGCACCACCGCAACCCAGGCAUCUUCGGUCUCCUGGGCACAGCGUCGUCUUCCAUCUCCAAGCCGUACUUCGGCAUCAUCGCGGACGGCAUCCACAUCCAUCCGACCUCGAUCAAGAUCGCGUACAACGCGCACCCAGAGGGGCUGAUACUCGUCACGGAUGCUAUGCGUCUGUCGGGCAUGCCCGACGGCGUGUACGACUGGACGAACGGGUCGCGCAUCGUGAAGCAAGGCGCGCUUCUCACGCUCGAAGAAAAUGGCAAGAUUGCUGGGAGCAGCAUCGAGCUGAUUGACUGUGUGACGAACUUCAUGAACUGGACAGGGGCGAGCGUGCCUGAGGCGAUCAAAGCGGUGACGGAGACGCCGGCGAGUAUGCUGGGCUUGGCGGGUGUGAAAGGAUCGCUGCAGGAGGGAGCGGAUGCUGAUUUAGUGGUCUUAGAUGUUCAGGAAGGUGCGGUAGGGGAGGAUAAGCGGGUGGUGGUGGAUCAAGUAUGGAAGUUCGGAGUCAAGGUUCAUGAGCGCGAGGAUGGCCAGUUGAAGGCCUGAUGAUGGAUAUGUGGUGAAAUAUUCUCAUAUUGGUGUUACGGCAUGUAGAAGGAUCAUCGGCUUUGCAUGUGUUACCAUUAGACUGAACCCGAGAGAUCCGCAAGAUUCUUGCACUGAAUUAUAGAAC